UGUCACCUUUACUUGACAUGUUACAUAAAACCUUUUUAAUACUCUUCAUCGCAAACAUUUUUACAAUACAUACUUUUCCACUGGAAAACGGUGAGAAAACAUCUCUUCUUACGAACGUAUCAGGAAUUGUCAAACCAAUUUUAAACCAAAUAAACGCCAUGUACGCAUCAUCAACCACAAUAAAAAUCUCAUCCAACCCAGAGAUUAUUAAUCAAAAAAUAUUUAAGCGAAGUCUUAAAGAAAAACCGAACGCGAAAGAAAACAUCUCAACAGUAAUUUUAUAUGGUAAUUUAGGCGAUUUAUUAGCGCUUAGUAGAAACGCGAUAAAUUCGCAAUCUGAAUUAUGUGGGAUUCAAAAGAUUUUGAAACGAACUGAUGAUGAAACGACUCAAAAUCACUCGAAUGAGAAUAAAAGCGAGGAAAGCGGAGAUGAGGGUCCAACUAAAAAAUUAAGUAAAGAAGAUUUACAUAUAGGAACUGUUGUGGAAGAUCAUCUUGGGGAUAGCGAUCUCGUGUUCGUCGAAGUACCCAUUAAAAAGAUAUCGAAUGCUGCAAAUGUAUCGGAUGAAACCUUUGAAAGUAUGGCAGAUGUGGUCCCAGAUAGAUUAGAUUUCGACCACCAAAGAGUUUUUUGUGGUAAGGAAGCGAUCGAAAAAAUUGGAGAAAAUUCUCAUGAAUCGACCACGAUAAAUGGAGUAAAUUCAACUGAAAACAAUGUUUGUUGAUAUUAAAAAAUACAU